AGCAAGCUGCAUUGUACUGUCUUGGAUUGGAAGCUAGGCUACUAUGGGUUGUCCUGUGUAAACAACUAGCCAACUAUGCGCAAACGAGGAGUUUGACUCCGCCUGACAGCAUGCAAAAAGCUGUCCAACAAAUUGCGAGUGAACUUGGUAAUAUAGACAUUUCCAAAAGCGUGAACGGAGCCACGGUCGAACCAAAACAGCGGAGCCGAUUGCGGCAAAACGAGUUCCGGCGCGUCUUCUUGGAGCGCUUUAAAUUACCAACUGACAUAUCGCCUUUACGUAAAGCUGUAAAAAGCCUAUUACAGGUGCAGCCGGAUUCCUUUACUGUUGCGACGCAAGAGGUACUGGGGCUGAACGUUAUUGGGCGCACGGCUCAGCUUAUAGAACAACUAUUUCUCCCUGAGACACGGCAGCUGCCAACGCAGCAAUUAUCGGGCAACGAUGGGCUUGUCGGAGAAGGAGGGAAAAUUACGUCCUCGUCCGCCGCUGCUUCCACAUCCACAACGUCUGUGGCCCCGAGCCAAGUCAACAUCUUCCGGCUCGCCCGCCUGCGCCACGUCACGGAGCUGGCCGCCGAGCUGGUGAACGUCCUGCUUGCCUGUGCUCAGGUUCCGCUCGGCUUAUGGAGAGUCCAGGGCAAACGCCUAGCCGUUAACAUUCCCCCUAGCCGCUCGCACUCUGCCCACCAGCUCUGGCUGCACGAGCAGCUGUGUGACGUCACCGUUGGACGCGCCAUGACCGCUGCCGUGCGCUUCGUCCAGUCGGAGGUCUGGCCGCUGCUGGCCGCGUUGCAGCGCCCAGGUCAGGCACCAACGACUGUGGUGGCAUCCAGCAUGAGGGGCCAGCAGGCAUCAGACCAACCACCGCCAGCACCACCACCCCUGUCAUCCGAAGCAGCUGUACUCAAGGCCGCGAAGGAGGUGCUGAGUCCGGAUGAGUUGGCGUCAGUGCUCUUGCACUUGUGGGAGGCAUCCGUCAAAUUGCUAAUCCGCGCGUCGCAAUUCACACACGACCUUGCAGCCCUAGUUGGCAGUCAGCCUGUCCCACGGGAUCGGAAGCUGCGGGAGCAACUGAAAAAGCAGCGGAAGCAGCUGGUGCAGCAGCUGGCACCAAUGAUGCGCGACAGUGGCGUUAUGCCGGCGGUCUGUGGUGCUUUGCUCGCGGCUCCUCCCUUCUGGUCCAUCAUGUCCUCAUGCAGACCGGAUGGCAUUGAACAGCUCACCAAUGAUGCAAGGGACCUGCACUCCAGCGUCAAUGGCAUGUGGUCUGUCACAAGCCUCUUGUCAGGGCUGGUUUUCUCUGACUUUCUGGGCUCUCUCCAGGCCGACAGGCAGGCCCUGUUGGAGGUCCUGGCGGCACCCGAGGUGGUGGAGCUGCAGCGGAGGCUGGUGGAGUGGCUUGUGUCGGGUGGAGGUGAUGGUGGUGAUAACGGUGGCGACCAGGAUGCGUCGAGCGGUGGCGGUGAUGGCAGCAGCGCCAGAACCUGGCCACUGCUGACAGACGUCCAAAAGCUCCCCGUUGGGCUCAAGCAGCUUCUUCCGCCCCUGAAAGAGGGCGUUUCCCCCGUGAAUGCGGCACCGGUGGGGCUGGUGCUCAAGCUAUGGACGGAGCUUGACAACUUCCCGCGGCUGCGUUCCUCACUACCCAGCCCGCCCGAGCGCAUGCGGCUUGCGCUGCGGCUGAUGCGGGCGAUGCACAGCCUGGCAUGCGGCAGCGGUGUUGGUGGGGUGUACAAAAGGGACGUGUCGUCUAGCCUGGACAAGGUGGUAGGCGCUGUGGCCCGGGAUGUCGACUUGCACAUCCUUGCCGCCGGGAGCCAGGCGGAUGUGGCGGCUGUAGCUGACGCGCAGGAGGCGUGCGUGUGGGCGAUGAAGGUGGCGACCAGUGGGCUGGUCAGGAGCCUCGCACAGAGCAGCAUCCACGGAGACCGCGCCACAGAUGCUGCUGAGUCCCGGCUGUGGACGUGCCUGAACACGUGCCUUACAUCUUUGAGGCACCUCUCCGGCAUUCAGUUGCCGGCGAACGAGCGUGACAGCCUGGCGCUACGGCUGGGCCGGGCAGGUCUGCUGCGCACGUUUGAUUCCCUGCUGCGCUGUGUUGCGCUGGUGGUAGCAACCGGCAGACUUGCCACUUUGUCGAUCGACCCCGCCCCGACCUCUACGUUUGGUAAUAUAGUCGCCAUAAUGACCCGUAAAACAGAGGUGGUGCAUUUGCAGCAUGGGAUGCUUAUGGAGACAUGGCUCAAGCAGCUGAAGGUAGCGGGAGUUUGCGUUGGCGAGGAGCAACGUGCAGCGGUCCAAUGGGACGCCAAGCGGGAGCUGGGGCUCUUCAUCACGGUCAGCAAAAUGGCACUGAAUAUGGCGGCUGGCCUGGGGCAAGCAGCGGCGUCUCAGGAAGCAUCAGGCUUGCAGCCGUCAGCGGGAUCAUUGCCGCCCGUGAAGCCAGCACCGCUGCUAGCGGCCCUAAAGCUGCUGGAGAUGUCGCUGGUGGGCAUGCUAGUCAAGUUCUUGGCGCCCCGCACUGGCCUGCUGGAGGUGUGGGAGCGCCCCCCACCGGGCCUGCCUGCCUCCACCGCCGCCCGCCUGACGGAGGUGCUGACGCUGGUGACCCGGGCGGCAUGCGUGCUGGCGGCGCCGCUGCUGCUGCGGGCGGCGGAGACGCUGGGUGGAUGCGGCGGGGCCACAUUGACAGAUGAUUUAGUGAUGCCGUUGACCAUGGCUGGCCUGUUCGCCCUGACGUCGCUGUACGGCAAGGUACCGGCGGCGGCGCUGCUGGCUGCGCAACCGCACCGGCUGCUGGCGGCGCUGGGGGUGAUGCUGGGCCGCAUGGGGGCUGCUGCGAAAACGGACGAUGCAGUAGCUGAAGGAAUUUUGGUGCAAAUACGCAUUCUGCUAGCUUCCAUGUUGUCAGAGACGUGUGGCGGAACUGAGUGGUUCAGCACCACAGAAGGCUCGGCAGGUCCGGCUGUGUCGCUGCGUGCGCAUGCGUUGGCCCUGCUGGGCUGGCCGGCGGAGGCGGCAGGUGUGACAGCGGCCGCUGGUGCAGCGUUGAGCAGCGCCGGUGCGAUGCUGCUGGAGGGGCUGGCGGGCUGGGAUACGGCGGAGGCACGUGCGCUGCGGGCGAUGUGGCGGGCGGCGGCCGCAGCGGAUGUGGGUGCGCUGCUGGACCGGGUGGGGCUGCGGCUGCGGAGCGACGAGGCAGGGGGCGGGGAGGGGCUCGGCGCAGGCGUGCUGCCGGAGGUGGAGGCGGCGAUUGCUGAAGCAAACCUGAACGACAUCUCGAAAGAAAAGCAGGGACACACCGCAGCUGCCACAGCGGCACUGCCGCCGCCAGUGGUAGUGCCGCUGGUUCGCCGGGUGCUGCGGAUGUGCGGCAACCCGAGGUGCGAGGACUACGGCGGCGCAUGCGAGGGGGCGCUGAGGCUCAGCAGGUGCGCUGGCUGCCGUGCCGUACACUACUGCAGCGUGGCGUGUCAGAAGCAGCACUGGGAGGGCGGGCACAAGGCUGAAUGCUUGGCGAGCAGGGGACUGCUGUUGACGGUUGGGAUUAGGGCCUAGGGAUGCAGGAUCAGGGCCAGAGGUGUUACCGGUAAGCAGGACUAUGUUGUUGACAGCAUCAGCCAAGUUGAGAUCGUAGCUAGGGCUGUUCUUAUAACCUACCAACCAUAAACAGAGCCAAAGCUACCUUGGAUGUCGCUCGGCUGCACUGCUAUGGGGGAGCCUCAUGACGCUUGUUGCAUGGUUUCUCUAGGGCCAGGCAGCUGGCAAGAAGGUGGCAGUCAAAAGUCCUCUCUGACGGGCGCUUACUGCCGUCCCGGGCACAUGAUGGGCAGGGUGUAGGACUGCGGGGCUGCAGUGCUGCAGCUGUGAAUUGUAGUCAGGAAAACUGCUGUUACGGUAAGGUAGGCUGUUAGGCUAGAAACCAAUAUAUACCGAAUGGCUUGGAGUGGUUACUGUCAGGAAGGUACUGUCCGGUCGGGGUUAGGUGCAUGGAUGGGCUUGACAGGUAGGGGUGCGUGUGGACUGUUACUGACAGCCUAGCAGCAUAUGGCCAGGCUGGGGCCACUGUAGUAUGCGCUCAUCAGGGGAUUGAGAGCUGGCGGGCGAGGGAUGUACUAUGUGGGCUGAGAGCAGAUGUGGGGUAUUAAUGAUUGUGUGGUGCAUGCGUGCAUUGGGGGUCCUGAACUGCAGCUCUCACCCCGAGACCCACGUUUCAAUGACGCCUAGGGGUUAGAUGGACUGCUGUAUUGCACUGAAGUACGUGAUGCAAUGUGUAUAUGUGUUAUAUGUAUUUAUGUAUGUAUACGCAUGCCAAGUGUUUAGGGCUUUUCCUUCGCCGGGACAGCAGCAGUCUGUCCCCACCCGCCCGCCGGGGUGCUACCAUACAUCACAAUCGACUGCUAGGUCCGCGUUCCCGUUGUUGUUGUUGUUGUUGUUGUUGUCGUUAAUGCCGUACACCGCACAGCCGCACUCCUUGGCAGUUGGGCACCUUUGGAGUGCUUGGCUUGCAGGCGCCGCCCGGGGGGCCUACAGCAUGGCAACGACUACAGUUAUCACACACUAGCGGUGCGAACCACUACUCAUGCGAACCUCUCCCAAUGGCUUGCUCUUGUACUACUCAGCUACACACUAGCGGUAUAAGCCAUUAGCGCAUUGAUAUGAUGUUAUGUUUGGUGUCCGGAGGGCGGGUUUCGCAUUGCCUGUUCAGAGCUUUCUUCAUAGACACAGUUUUACGACAUUGCAAAUUGGUUACUGGUUGCUGUGCACUUGCACCAGUCAUGUGGUGUCAACUGCUGGGACAAUGUUCAGCGGGACCAAGCACUAGUUGAAUGCUUGUGCACCGUACAUUGUCAAUAUAACGACCCAUGGGUCCUAGCAGACUCAGGUGUAUACCGGUACAUACACUGACCCGACACCCUCUUGGUCAUCGAGCUAUUGCGUUGUGCAUUUUGUGGAUUCACUUCACUCAUGUAUUGCCAGCCAACGAGACAAAGGUGGAUAGGGGGAGUAGGUGUAAAAUAAGGGUGUAAGGUAUUAUGGUG